AUGUUGAUACCAAACGCUCCCUCAUCACAGCCAUGUCCAGCUGCAAACAACUGCUCUUAUAGUCAAACGCAGUCGAAUCAAGAUCAUCAACAGUAUUGCCCUAUACCCCCAUCAACAUCCACAAUACCAGGGCCACCAAAUUUGUCGCCUGACGAAGAGGACUACGCAUCCGGGAAUAAUUGUAAUUUCAAAAUUAUUUCGCAGUAUCCGAUACCGAUCACAGAAUUAUGA